UAUGCAAAGUAACAAUCUAAAGUUACAGAUUGCGAAGUAGAGAACCAAUUCAUUGUCCAAAUUUUAUUUGCUAGCUAGACAUUGAAACAACUUUUUAAGAACAUAAACAAUUUUCAAUUCUGAAAUCCUUUCGAAAUAAAGUAUAAAGCUUAAAGAAUUAACUAAAUAUUUAGAAUCAGAAACUCAAAUCUAACUCUCAUACUGCCACAUGAAGACUCAAAGAACAGUAACUCGAGCAACCAAAUCAAAGAGACCAAAAUCAAGUUGUUUGAAUUAGGAUUCCAACACCAGACGUUGAAUGGCCCUUGAAUCACAAACACAAUACCAGAAAAUGGGAUGGAAAACGAGCAAAAAGCAUGGAUAAACCUGGACUUGAAGAACUCGCUGUGAACAGUGACUCCGUGUCCAAAAUUUUUGCUCAAUUCGCAGCUUCCUUCAACCUGUUUGGAAAACCAAUUUCAGGUGUUGAAAGAGCAUUCCAAGUCGCCCAUAAUCCCCCAAAAAUUGGCCUUCAAACGAGCUUGGACCGAGGUGAAUUGAACCUUCAAGAGUCGCAGAUGAACAGUAACUCGAGAAGGUUGACCUAAGAUUCUUGAUCAAUCCAGCGCCCAAUGGAUUGCCAUGCCCAAAACGAUUCUAGAGCUCUAAGAAUUGGUCCAAAAGUUCAACAAAUUCAAGGUGAAAGCAAGGGUUUAAGAUCGGCAGUGAACAGUAACUCGUGGAGACUGCCCAGCGAUCCAAAACCUGUGAUAGAAAUUGAGGCGAUAGACCUAAUUGCGAAAUUGAGGGCACAUAUUAGUAUUAGGCGGGUCAAUCCAGAAGAGCGAGACUUUCAUGAAGUUGAUAAAGGUGAACUAGCAGCACUGCCCCUUCUCUCAGAUGAUGAUGGCUUGUACCUUCAGAUCCUUCAACCCACAGAGGUGUUGCGCCUGGAGUAUACCCCGUUGAAUCCCCCAGAGGAAGAAUCUCCAGAAAACCCUAGCACAGAAAGAGGGUGCUGUGAAGAGGAAAUUCUGGUAGCAAAAUUUAAUAAGAACAAAAAUGGUCUUCCUUAUCCACUAUUGAUUUACAGCAUUCUAAAGGACCAAAGCUUUGAGAAGGAGGAGAAUGAAGAGGAAGAACCCAUACCCCCUUUGCUGCAGGUAGAUGGAAGGCACCUUGAAGGAAGUCACUUCAAUGACAUGGCUGUCGCAGGAACAACCACAGCUCCUACACAGAACCCGGCUUCAGUGGAAUAUCAACUCAGCUUUGUGGAAAAGGAGAUUAAGGCACUACAGCAGGACAUUGAUUAUCACAAUGAGAUUGCACAGAGGGCAGCUGCAAGAAGGGACACACUGAUUCAUGUGGCAAAUACACUGCGUCAGGCCAAAGGUGACAGGAGACAGGGGGAGAAGCACAAUGACAAAGAAGUUGAGCCAACAAAUACAACUGACAGCCAGCAGGCCAGAUGAAGAGGGGGACACAGCAACUAUUGAAGGAACACCAGACACUGAGGAAUUCAGUGAUGAAGAAUAAUUUCUUUUGUGUGUUUCUCUAAAGGGAUUAUCAAACUCUAUGCAAGUUUUAAGGGCUUGUUUUUGCCCUGGGUUAUGUUUGGCCAGUUUGGCCUGAUUCACUAUUUUUGCCGACAUGUUGCUAUGCUCCUAUGGAGCCAGUUUUUGUUUGUUGUUCUGCUACUGAAGAUUUCUAGUAAACUUUACUUCUUGCU